UUUGAAAUUGAAAUCAAAAGCCUACAUAAGGCCUCACCCCUGCUCCAGUUUUCCUCAUCCAUACAUCUUCAAACCUCGUCAUUGUUCUUUCUUUCCGGUAAUGCUCUAGAACCAGCUGCCACAGACCUCCUAGUUUCUUUCUGCCAGUUUUGUUAAACAGACCUCGUCAUUUUUCUGUUAGAAAAGCGGUUUUUCUUUUCCGUUGGUUAUACAAGUAUCUUAAUCUUAGAUUCAUGCCGUGCAGAAGUAUGGCUUCACCACACUGGAUUCUGUUGCUUGUUCUCCUAUUUAUAGUCUCUGGAACAAUGGGAGCUCCCCCCAAAAGGCCUGUAGCGGUCCCAUUCGGGAGAAACUAUGCGCCUACUUGGGCUCUUGAUCACAUUAAGUACUACAAUGGAGGCUCCGAGAUUGAGCUGCACCUUGACAAAUAUACUGGUACUGGUUUCCAGUCAAAAGGAUCUUACUUAUUUGGACACUUUAGUAUGCAAAUAAAGCUAGUUCCUGGAGAUUCUGCUGGAACUGUUACUGCCUUCUAUUUAUCUUCUCAAAAUUCGGAGCAUGAUGAGAUAGAUUUUGAGUUCCUGGGGAACAGGACAGGCCAGCCAUACAUUCUGCAGACGAAUGUGUUCACCGGAGGAAAGGGUGACAGAGAACAGAGGAUUUAUCUUUGGUUUGACCCAACCAAAGCCUACCACUCCUACUCUGUUCUGUGGAACAUGUAUCUAGUAGUAUUCUUUGUGGACGACAUACCAAUCAGAGUGUUUAAGAACUGUAAAGAUUUGGGGGUGAGAUUCCCAUUCAACCAGCCAAUGAAGAUAUACUCGAGCUUGUGGAACGCAGAUGACUGGGCAACCAGGGGUGGGCUCGAGAAGACUGACUGGUCCAAAGCCCCUUUUAUAGCCGCCUACAAGGGCUUCCACAUUGAUGGGUGUGAGUCUUCCGUGGAAGCCAAGUUCUGUGCCACGCAGGGCAAGCGGUGGUGGGACCAGAAGGAGUUCCAGGACCUUGAUUCCUAUCAAUGGAGGAGGCUCCUCUGGGUCCGCACGAAGUUCACCAUCUACAACUACUGCACAGAUAGGGUUAGAUACCCUACCGUGCCUCCCGAGUGCAGGAGAGACAGAGACAUUUAAAUCUUAUUCAUUACCGAAUCAAAAUUUCCCCAUAUUCUUAGUACCAUGUAAGAUCGAUGUUGUCUUUUAAGCUUGGCUUGUUGGGUUCGUCUUCAUUCAUCUUUCUAUUUCUAGUUUCAUUGGUGGCCUUCUGGAUUGAUGGCAAUUACUUUUUAUGUAAGUUUACUCCAAACAUUUCUUAUCAUGAUCAUGAUAAUACUAAACCUAUACUAAUAUAUUAUUUUUAUGUGUAUGAUCCAUUGUAUUAUGAAGAAUUAGGAUAAAAUAAGAUAAAAAAAAAUUGGA